UACUCUCCCCCUGCGAAAUAAAGAGAAUCACCACAUUAAGAGGUGCCUCUUUGACAAGUUAGCAGGGAUCACUUUAGAGCCAGAAGGAUCCCCAAGGCAAUUUGGGCUUCAUCAAAAAUUGUCCUAUGCAGCAGCAGAAAUGGGGAAAUGGGCAGUCCAACCAAAAAUGGUGCCCCACAAUAUCCCUAUUGAGACGUUAGGUUGUACCUGUCUUCAGAUGUCUGUAUAUCUAUGUACCUACAUGUUGUUGUGUGAAUGACAAUACCUGUGUUCCUUUCAAAUGUGACCCUGAGUAUAGGCCCCGUCAAAUGCAGGGGAGGUGUACUGAUGUACCUGCGUUCAGCAUAACUUGUGAAUAACUGUGCUUGUGUACAGCUUUUUGUCCUUGUGUUCACUGUACACAGAUUGUACAAGUGUUGAACGUAAUGAGUCAACAGGGCUCAUGUGGAGCUGCUGUCUACCAAGUCAGACUAUUAGUCCUUCUUGCCCAGCAAACCAUGCAUCCUACCCUGAGCUAUGGGCCAUCCUUCUUACCAGUUUAUCACAUGUACAGACAUACCUACACCCCUCUUGACAGAGGGCUUGAGCAGAACAGGAGCCACGGAAUGAGUAGCAGAUGGUUUCUGUGGCAGUUUAACAACUCUACGCAGCAAGCUCAACCACUCUGAGUUCAGGAGAAUCUUUGAUGUCUGUAACUGAUUAUCCGGUGUUCUCAGUAACACCAUCAUGGAGCCCAGUUCCUUACACUUGUGUCUAGACAGAAAUGUAAUUAGCAGCUUAAUAAAGCAAGGUGGGUAGUUCUCCAGCUGUGAAGGUGUAGGGGCAUUGGCAUAGGACAGUGGCCGGAGUGUCGUGAAUGCUUGGACUCUGGGAGUGACGUACCGGCUAUUGGAAGAUCAGCAGGCACCGAAGCUGCUCUCUCUAGCCCUCGUCAGACAAUGAGCCCUUUCACAUGAUCAAACGGGGGUGGACUGGAGGGGAAGCAGGAACCUACCUGCUCCCCCACAAACAAUUUGAAACUCCAUUGGGCUCUGCUGCUCACAUGCCCACAAACGCCACAGCGGCAUUCUUCAGGGCUGCAACCAGGAGCUGGGAAUCCACCAAUAUCCCACAAUGCACCGCGCACAGUGCAUUGGGGAAGCAUUGUGCUGCUUGGCCACUCUUUCCCUCCGCGUUAUUGUGAAGAUGGCUGCUGGCAGCACCGAGUCCAGCGAGACUGGCGAGAGAGGCAGGAGGUGCGUGCUUGUUGUACGGCCGCACUUUAGACCUGUCAGUGACUGACCAGGAGAGAGAUCUUGGGGUCGUGGUGGACAGCUCGUCGAAAGUAUCCACAUAACGUUUUCAUUCUGUGAAAAAGGCCAGCUGUGGAAAAGGCCAAUUCUACACUUGGAACCAUUAGGAAGGGGAUUGAAAAUAAAACUGCUAAUAUCAUAAUGCCUUUAAACAAAUCUAUGGGGUAGCCACAUUUGAAGUGCAGUGUACUGUUCUGGUCACCAUUCCUCAAAAAGGACAUUAUAGAAAUGGAGAAGGUACAGAAGAGGGCAACUAAAAUGAUCAAGAUAAUCAUGCCUGGAGCACCUACCUUAUGAGGUUCGUGAAGUCCCUGUACCCCUGAAUGACUGAAUAUUCAAACACGAAAAAACCCUCACCUCCUGCAACCUGAAGUGCUACAUUCCAGGAAAAACUGUACUACUUGAUUCUUCUGAUUAUCUAACCCAGCCCUAAGUUUAGAAGGUGGAAAGGCAAUUGCAAAAAGUCUGUUACUGGCCGAGUAGAAAAUGCAGGCUAAAGAAUGCUGUGUAUGGAAUGAUGUCGCUUUCUGGAGCAGGAGCAGAGAUUGCCUGGGACAGGUGUUUAUGCCCUGCCCUCUGGAGGGGAAAGGAAGCCUUUUUGAGCUCAUAGUCUGUAGCCUACUGCUUGGCUUCAGCUUCUGCUCAGGCCAGGGGCCUCUUAGUCCAAAGGUCUCUGAGCAGGGAGCAUUUCUGCAUCCUUAGCAGUUACCCAUUCAUUCAGUUCCCAGGUGAAUCACUGCCGCUUCCUUUUAAGGAGAGGCUGCAUGGCAGGAAGUGGGGGAAGGCUUCAUUCAGCGCUUCUUCACCACGCCUUGUUCUUGCUCCAGGCUGAGACGCCAAGCCAAAAGCCGAUCCCAGCAGCUGUGCUCAGCAGAGGCUCUGACAACUCUCCCAGCAGCUGCCUGAUCCCUCUCUGAGCCAGAUUCCUUGCCCAGCAUUCCUUCCUGCGGCCCCCAAGAUGGCAAGGAACCACCAAGUGCAGAAAGCCAAACUGGCUGAACAGGCCGAGCGCUACGAGGACAUGGCUGACUUCAUGAAGGCAGUGGUGGAGGAUGGAGGCGAGCUCUCCAAUGAGGAGCGUAACCUUCUCUCGGUCGCCUACAAAAACGUGGUGGGCUGCCAGAGGUCUGCCUGGAGGGUCAUCUCCAGCAUCGAGCACAAGACCGAGGAAGGAGAUGACAAAUCCCAGCUGGUCAACGAGUACCGGGAGAAGAUUGAGAGCGAACUGAAGAACGUUUGCAAUGUCGUCUUGGGGCUGUUGGACAAGCACCUCAUCCCAAAAGCCAGCGACCCGGAGAGCAAGGUUUUCUACUUGAAGAUGAAAGGAGACUACUUCCGCUAUCUGGCUGAGGUGGCCUCAGGAGAUGACCGCAAGCAGAUCAUUGACAAUGCACGGAAAGCGUACCAAGAGGCCAUGGACAUCAGCAAGAAGGAGAUGCAGCCCACAAAUCCUAUCCGUCUGGGCCUCGCCCUCAAUUUCUCUGUGUUCCACUAUGAGAUCGCCAACACCCCAGGAGAGGCCAUUACACUGGCCAAGACCACCUUCGACGAGGCCAUGGGGGAUCUCCACACGCUCAGUGAAGAUUGCUACAAAGACAGCACCCUCAUCAUGCAGCUUCUCAGAGACAACCUCACGUUAUGGACAGCGGAGUGUGCAGGAGAAGAAGGGGGAGAGGCCGGCGAAGAGCCAAAGAACUGAACUGAGCAGACCCCCCCAACACGACGGUAACUCCCCAUCUCCACCCACUCUCUGUUUUGUUUCCUUUCCCAACUUGUUCUGUUUUUAUAAGAUGUGUCUCCGCUUUCUGGAAGCUCCAGCUGGAUUUUCAAAGCAAAAGGGGACUGCUUGAUAUGCAUGGGGACUCGAGCGCUUACCUGACCCUCUUUGUGGGGCAGCUUUGGGAGUAACCCUGUUUCUUGCCACCCUUCUUUCUGGUAUGUGACCCCUCCCCCCCGCCAACUCUAUAUAAGCUCUUGUGUCUGAUCCAGCAUUUGGUUAGCACGAGAGUCUUCCCGACCUAUCAUGGAAGACUGAGGUAUAUUUUGCUAUUUAACUGUAGGGGUUAAAAAAAAAAAACAACCUCUACAGAGAACUUUAAAUAUUGUUUUGCGUGACAAAGAUACAAAAUAAUGGCUGAACAGAAUGAAGCAAGAGUUGUCAGUCUCCUUUGCUUGUUUUAUUCUGCAGGGUUUUCGCACUCAGGGCAUCCUGUCAUAAUAAAAUGGGGGGGGGGUGGCGGGCCUUUAGGAGACUCUUCGGAGUGAGUUGAGCAUACACUCUCAAGAGGGCCUCUGGUUAUCACGGUGUUAUGCCUGAGCUGGUUUGCUACAGUGUCCUUCCUCAAUAAAAGUUCACUUUCAUGCCUGUC